CACACUUGUCAGCAAAGCGCCGGAAUCCAAACCACGCACCGCCGCCUCGGCUAGCUAACACGUACACUAGCAGUGAUCCCCAUGGCAAUGCUGCCGCGUCCAACAGCGCUCGUCGCAGCGGUGGUGGUGGCGGCGGCGCUGGUGCUCGGGAUGGCGUCGGCGCAGGGGCCGGCCGCCGCGCCCGCGCCGGGCCCGGCGCCCGGGAUCAGCGACGAGUGCUUCAACGCGGUGCUCAACAUGUCGGACUGCCUGACGUACGUGACGGCGGGCAGCAAGGCGCGGCACCCGGACACGCCCUGCUGCCCGGAGCUGGCCGGGUUGCUCGAGUCCCACCCCGUCUGCCUCUGCCAGCUGCUGGGCGGCGCCGCCGAGUCCUACGGCGUCAGCGUCGACUACAAGCGCGCGCUCGCGCUCCCGGGGAUCUGCCGCCUCACCGCGCCGCCCGUUAGCGCCUGCGCAGCUUUCGGAUUCCCUAUCCCCGAGGGAUUGGUGCCUACUGCGGCGCCCAUGGCAGGCCUCUCUCCAUCUUCUAUCGGCCCAGAUGUGCCUGCCAACACGCCGACGGGCUCAGCCAAGUCCCCCGCGGGACGCGUCACCGCCGCCGGAGGCCUCGUCGCCCUCGCCGCGCUACCCGUCGCGGUCGCGGCCGCCGGGAUCAUGUUCUAGAGCAUCUACCGGUCGUCUUAGACUUUGUGAUUUCUUCGUCAUCAUUCUUCUUACAGCACACACAUGUUUGUGCAUUAUGGUACUAGUUCGUUAAUUCACGUACAAACAGCUAGCUGUUCCAGG